UUAUAAUAUUAAAAGUGAAUUUGUUUCAGUUCCUAAUGUAUAUAAUGCACUGGGUUCACUCUGAAGGAAUAUAUCAGAACUCCUCACACAUUUGUGAUACAUGUAAAUGUAGUGACGGUAACUCAUUCAUAAUGGACUGUUCUGAUCAAAAUUUUCAACAUGUGCUGGCAAAUUGGCCUAUAAAUAAUAAGAGUUUGAUAGCUAAGUUCAGCAAUAAUAAUUUAACCACUCUACAACUUCUUCCUACCAGCAAUCAGAGAGCAAAACUGGUUUUUGAUCACUGUAAGAUAAAAUAUAUAGAAGGUGGUGUUUUCUCCAACAUGAAAAAUGUCGAAUUCAUAGAUCUCAGCUACAAUUUUUUAACAACCGAAGAAAUUGACGGAAAUAACUUCAAAGGACCUUACAACAAUUCCAAAUUUCAUCCAUUACCAUCACUAAAAUACCUGAAUUUAGCUUAUAAUCAAAUACACAGUUUACCUAGGAAAUUUUUUGAGAACAUGCCUAAUUUGGAAGAACUCAAUUUGGAGGGAAACGACUUUACAGUGCUAGAUCCUCAAACACAGCUGUCCAUAGGAACCCUGACUAGAUUAACGGUAUUGAAUCUGGCUAAUAACGAAUUGACAGAAGUGGAGGGAGAGGCCCUGAGAAAUUUGAGUAAUUUAAAAAAAAUAGAUUUGUCCUCUAACCAACUAGAUUUUGUUCCCGAAAGUUUGGAAUAUUUGGGUAAUAAACGGGAAUAA